AGAGAGUUAGUCAGUGAGAGAUGCGGACAGAGGGGACGGAGUGCGCAUCAUAACAGUGAGCGCGCGCACAUACGGUCUCAUCAAGAGACACUACUGUAACAAGAGAGAAGGAAGAAAGGAGGGAGUCCGUUCAGAGGACACAGGGACGGUGGACACUGUGGACACUGUUGAUACUUUGUAUCGGAGCGGGCGGCUGUGUCUUUCAUUUUUUCCCCCGUUUUGUUGGUUUGUUUGAUUUUUGUGUUGUUUGUUAUUUAUCUAUUUAAUUUAUUUAAUUAAUUUAUUAUUUAACGCAGUCUCGUGCGUGCGGACGUCAACGGACCCAGUUUUUUUUUUCUUAUUUGGGGUUGCUUUUGGAGAGGAAAAAGGAAGGAAGGACGGCACGUCACGCAGAGAAAGAAAGAGAGAAAAGGAGAGAGAGAGAGACAGACCACCGGGCUGGGGAUGUGCCCCCCCUGCAUCCGCGCGCUAGAGGACUAAAGGACUAACAGAGGACCACUCUAUCCAUCCAUCCAUUCAUCCUUCUAUUCAUCCAUUUGUUCUUCUGCGUCCAUCCUCUGUGGAUCUAUCUGUCUAUCUAUAUUCCGCGCGCGAGACUCUUUUCUGCGCGUGGCUCAUCAAAGAGAAGGAGAGAGAGCGCGAGCGCAAAAGAGAAAGAGAGAGAGAGCACGAGCGCAAGAGAGGGAGAGAGAGAGAGGGAGAAGGAGAGUGACUCCCCGUUCCCGCUGCAUGCCGCACCGAGCGGAGGCGCGUCCCCGCAUUCUGAUCAGCGCGGCGGCGGCAGCAGCAGCGGCGGCGGCACCGGGAAGGGCACCGCGGCUCCUGCGGCGGCUUUUCUUCGCGGGGGCACUUUACUAGCGAAACUUCCACGCGCCGUGGGGCGCGCCAAGGAUGUAACCCGGCUCCUGCGCGGCUCGUUUUCUGGCGUUUGCGCUUGGACGUGUGGAACGGACGGCAGGCUGCAGGACGCCUGGCCACAGAAAGGCAGAUUGGUCGCGGUGGUCCUGGUGGUGGUGGUGGUGUGUCCAUCCAAGGCGCCCAGGCUUUCAGCAGAAUAGCAAUUAGAUGCUGAGCCGCAGCGUGUGUUGUCAAAACUCAGGAUAAAAAAAAGAGGAAGAGAGAGAGAGAAAAGAGAGACUGCCGGAAGGGAAAGACCUCGCGAUGACUCCAGCCAGCGUCUUUUCACCAUGAACGGUUUUGGAUUUGAGCGCAUAAAUUGUGAGAUUUGCCGGGGCUGAUCAACAGGUCUGAAGCGUAAAACGCAUUGGAUACCCAUUGGAGAGCCCACGCUGAAAGGGAUGUAUCACUCCAUCUUUCCUUUCCUGCUCCUGUGGGUGCAAGCCCUGACUUUGAAAAACCUGAACUACUCCAUACCAGAGGAGAAGAUUCAGGGCGUGAUAGGAAACAUUGCCAAGGAUGCAGGACUUGAGCUGGGGGAGCAGGGCAAGAAGUCCAACUUUAGGGUGCUGGAGAACUCAGCGCCGCACCUCAUCGAUGUGGACCCCGAGAGCGGUCUCCUCUACACCAAGCAGAGGAUCGACAGGGAAGCCCUGUGCAAGAGGAACCCCAGGUGCCAGCUCUCCAUGGAGGUGUUUGCCAACGACAAAGAAAUUUGCAUGAUCAAGGUGGAAAUACAGGACAUCAACGACAACCCACCCAGCUUCCCUUCGGAGCAGAUUGAUAUUGACAUUUCUGAGAACGCGGCCCCGGGCACCCGUUUCCCGCUGGCAGCCGCGUACGACCCAGACACUCGGGAAAAUGGCCUUAAAACUUAUCAAAUCACUCGAGACGACUACAGCAUAUUUUCUUUGGACGUGAAAUCCAGAGGAGAUGGGACUAAAUUUCCAGAGUUAGUCGUCCAGAGAUCCUUAGACAGAGAGGAACGCAGCCAUCACACCCUGAUCAUCACUGCCACAGACGGAGGAGAAUAUCCCAAAUCGGGCACAAUGCAGAUUAAUGUAAAGGUAACUGACUCGAAUGACAAUAGUCCCGUGUUCGAGCAGCCCUCUUAUGUUGUAGAGAUUCCAGAGAACUCUCCUCCAGGCACAGUGUUGAUAGAUUUAAAUGCCACUGACCCUGAUGAGGGAAGUAAUGGGCAGGUUACCUACGCUUUCAGCUGCUAUGUACCCGAUAGGAUCAAAGAGUUGUUCACGAUAGACCCCAGAACAGGUGUCAUAAAGAUUCAGGGCAAAAUCGACUAUGAGGAAAACCCAAUUAUAGAGAUUGAUGUGCAGGCGAAGGAUCAAGGUCCGAACCCAAUUCCAGGCCAUUGUAAAGUGACCGUUAAAGUGCUUGAUAGGAAUGACAAUUGGCCAUCAAUAGGCUUUGUGGCAGUGCGGCAGGGGGCAGUUAGUGAGGCGGCAGCCCCAGGGACUGUCAUUGCUUUAGUGAGAGUCACAGACAAGGACUCUGGGCGUAACGGGCAGCUUCAGUGUAGGAUUUUAGGGAAUGUUCCCUUCAGGUUGGAGGAGAAUUCUGAUAACUUUUACACGGUGGUCACAGACCGCCCCCUAGAUCGGGAGGUGAAAGAUGAAUACAAUAUCACUAUUGUGGCCAAAGACAAUGGCAACCCUCCACUAAACUCUACUAAAUCUUUCACAGUCAAGAUUUUAGAUGAAAAUGAUAAUGCACCCCGCUUCACAAAAAUGGUAUAUCUCCUUCAAGUGCCAGAGAACAACAUCCCAGGGGAAUACUUAGGAUCAGUUCUGGCUCAUGACCCAGAUUUGGGGCAGAAUGGCACUGUCUCCUAUUCUCUUCUUCCGUCUAACGUGAGUGAGGAGUCCAUAACCACGUACGUCAACAUCAAACCGACUGACGGGGCCAUUUAUGCCUUGAGGAGUUUCAACUAUGAGCAAACCAAGUAUUUUGAUUUCAAAGUCCAGGCGAAGGAUUCAGGUAACCCUCACCUGGAAAGCAACACCACGGUGCGUGUGAGUGUUCUGGACGUCAACGACAACAUCCCAGUCAUUGUCCUGCCGCUGUUGCAGAACGACACGGCGGAGAUCUACGUCCCUCGCAACGUAGGCGUGGGCCACAUCAUCACCACGGUCAGAGCCGUGGACAACGACUUCGGCGAAAGCGGCCGCCUCACGUAUGAGAUUUCGGAUGGUAACGAGGACCACCUGUUUGACAUAGAUGCGGUGACCGGCGAGGUGCGUACGGCCCAGCCGCUGUGGGAGGAGGUGUCUCCUGUUGUGGAGCUCAUCAUCAAAGUGACAGAUCACGGCAAGCCCACGCUUUCUGCCAUGGCCAAGCUGGUGGUGAAGGCCUACUCGGGGCCUCUGCCAGAGGGCGAACCGCGUAUCAAUGAGGAACAGCAAAGCUGGGACAUGUCGCUGCCGCUGAUCGUCACGCUCAGCAUCAUCUCCGUCAUGCUGCUGGCCGCCAUGAUCGCCAUCGCCGUCAAGUGCAAGCGGGAGAACAAGGAGAUCCGCACCUACAACUGCCGCAUCGCCGAGUACUCACACCCGCAGCUGGGCAAGAGCAAGAAGAAGAAGAUCAACAAGAACGACAUCAUGCUGGUGCAGAGCGAGGUGGAGGAGCGCGACACCAUGAACGUGAUGAACGUGGUCAGCAGCCCCUCGCUGGCCACCUCGCCCAUGUACUUUGACUACCAGACACGCCUUCCCCUUAGCUCACCCAGGUCUGAAGUCAUGUACCUCAAACCCAAUGCCAACAACCUCAGCGUCCCCCAGGGACACGUGGGCUGCCACACCAGCUUCACGGGGCCUGUGACCAGCACUACGGAGACACCCGUCAACAGGAUGUCGAUAAUUCAGACCGACAGUUUCCCCGCUGAGCCCAAUUACAUGGGGAGCAGGCAGCAGUUUGUUCAAAGCAGCUCCACGUUUAAGGAUCCGGAGCGGGCGAGCCUGAGGGACAGCGGGCACGGGGACAGCGACCAGGCGGACAGCGACCAGGACACCAACAAGGGCUCCUGCUGCGACAUGUCCGCCAAGGAGGCUCUGAAAAUGAAGGCAACCGGGCUCAAGCCCCAGCCUCUGGAGCAGGAAGAGGACUGUGUGAACUGCACGGAUGAGUGCCGGGUGCUGGGUCACUCGGAUCGCUGCUGGAUGCCCCAGUUCCCUGUAGCGGGUGGAGGAGGUGCAGGCGCCCCCCAGGCCGAGGGUUCUGACUACCGCACCAACCUGUUCGUUCCCGCCGGCAUGGAGGCCGUGACCGUGGAGCCAGAGACCUACGAGGCCGUGGGAAACCCCAACGGCAAAAAGACCUUCUGCACCUUCGGCAAGGAGCGGAGGGACCACACCAUCCUGGUGGCCAACGUCAAGCCUUACCUGAAGGCCAAGCGCGCCCUCAGCCCACUGCUCCAGGAGGUUCCGUCAGCGUCCUGUAGCCCCACCAAGGGCUGCAACACCGGCUCGCCGUGCUCCUCGGCCAAGGGCGUGGCGGACGGGGCCGAGGGCAAGCCCAGCAGCAGCCACUACGGCGUUCCAGACGGACAGUACGCCUCGCCCAGCAAGCAGAGCAGAGAGCAGGGCUACUCGGACCCCGUGGCCAAAGUUCUGGCGGAGGCGCGCUCGCGGAUCAGCCAGGAGACGGCGGCCGAGAUGCAGGACUGUGCUCUGGAGCAGGGCGGGGGCGAGUUGGGAAGGGGCGGCGGGAUGGACGCCGACCAGGUAGUCAGAGACAUCGAUAAACUGCUGCAGGACUGCAGAGGCAACGAAGCCACGUCGGUGAGAAAGUGAACUGGCUGAUGCUGCGGACUGCGAUGAAACAAUGGUAACGAAAAAAACUAAAGGCGGUGGGAGGGACAGGAAAAGCGCGUCGGCUUCGGGAAAUCACACUCCGAGAGAUUGGAGCGCGCGAGGGGUCGGGCAGACGAGGACAUAAAAAAAGAGACGUCUGACGAACAGAAUAGUCGCGUUUAAAAAAAAAGAGAAAACAGAAAAGAAAAUGCCAGGUUGUCUGGACGCCAUGUUGUAAUUUGGGGGAGGGGACGGGAUUCUUCGGGAGUUGCAGAAGUUGCUGCUUCUGGCUUCUAGCGAGCUUUUUCUUCUUCAAGUGCCCACCAGCUAAAAACUUUCAUUCUGACAUCUUUCUGGAAACAGCGAGUGGCGAGCGUGCGCCGCCCCUCUCGGCCCGAGGGCUUUCUCUCUGAGAGAAUGGUUUAUUCUGACAAUCGCAGUUUAAAAAAAGGGGCGCGGACCCGACACGCCCCCGAACCGAAACACAACCAUGCUCUUAACUUUUUGGACUUUGGACUUUAUAUUAUCAAUGUAUGAAGUGCAACAUAUCUCUGAUAUCUCUGAACCGUGAUUGAGGGGCGGGGUUUGGAGGGAUGCCGGGGUGGUUCAUAAGGUGGGGGAGGGCAAGGGACAGCGGGCGGUAUACCGGGAUGCUUAAUUAAGAAAUGUAACUGGUCAUUUCUUCACUGGUCAUUUCUAAUCACAUGUAUAAACUGUGUUUUCUCCUCCCCCCCAUGUAUACGUACAUAUGGAACAUUCCAGAAAUGGUGAAACUGUUACUCUCUCUCUCUCUCUCGUUCACUGAUCAUCAUUGGUCCUUUGUGUGAUCGCUGUCUUUCCACUGUCUUCGAUUGGUCACUUGCUUUCCAAGCGACCGGUUUUCACGUGUCCAACAUUUAAAUUAAGGCAAUCACAAUCGUGUAUAUUAGGGACAUAUUUCCUCAACUGUGAAAAAAAAAAAUAUCUAUAUAAAUAUAUAUAGAUAAAUAUAUAUAUAAUAUAUAUAUAUAUAUACAUAUAUAAAUAUAAGAACUUAUGUAUAGCGUCCAGAUAUUAACAAAAAUAUUUAUACAUUUUCUAGAAAAAAGAUGAAAAAAGAGAAAUCAGAAAAAAGAAAGAAAGACGCUGAAAAAGGCAGUUGAUAUUUAUUAUAAACUGCAAAAAAGGACACUGCUUUGAAUUUAAAGGAAGCGUAAAUGAAUAAACACACUUAAAAAAAGAGGAAAAAAAACAACAAAAAAGGAAAUGUCCCUUCACAUUGUCACUUAUACACAAUAUCAUUUAAUGUGCAAAAAUGUAUCCGAUUUAAUGUGUUUACAUCGAAAUGACAUAUUUUUAUUGAUUUUUUGUUUCUGCAAUUUCUGUGCAUAUGAGCCAAAUUGUUACGUGUACAAGAGCUAUAUUGUGUAUUUUAUUAAAUUAAUAUAUAGUUGUGUUGCAAUAUA